AUGCAACAGUACAAGGACGCCCUCUCUAAAUCUUGCCAGUCAUGGGCGGACUAACAGGAUGGCUCCUGUUACUGUGCCUUGUCAGCUCAGCCAAAGCCAGCUUCAGUCCUACAAUUACCAAAUUCGUUUUCGAAGUGUGUGAGGAUGUUCCCAUAGGUUCACAAGCCUUUACUAUAGAAGCAUCAGAUCCAGAUGGAGAUACACUGACUUACGCACUUGUUGGGCCCAAUGCUGCAUUCUUUCAAGUUGAUCAAAACAGUGGGGUGGUAACUGUGAAAUCUGCCCUCGAUAGAGAGAAUAGUGUAACAAUGUUACUCGAUGUUACUGUCAGUGAUACCACCAAUCUUACACCAGGAAGAUUAACUAUAAUAUUAAAUGAUGCCAAUGACAACAGCCCCAUAUUUCGGAAUACUGCCUUUGACGUUUCAGUGCCAGAAAAUACUGCUGUAGGUGGGUCAUUGUUCACAUUCCUCGCAGAUGAUGAAGAUGAAGGAGAUGCUGGCGUUGUUAGAUACUCAAUCACUGAAAUAAUACCACCACAAGGAUCUGAAGUGCUUGAAAUCGGUACCAUUAACGGUGAACUAAAAUUAAAGGGACAGCUCAAUUACAACUUACUGAGCUCCUUUUAUCGGCUCAGGGUCAAUGCAGGUGAUCUUGGAGGCUCUUGUGGUUCUGGGGAUAAAGUCUUCCAGUCAAGCAAUGUCUUCGCCUUGGUUACAGUUGUGGACAUGCCAGACCUUGACCCCAUUUUUACCAGUACUACGUAUAUUGGAAGCGUUGAGGAAAAUUCUGCUGUGGACACAUUUGUGUUACGAGUGACGGCCAUAGAUCAGGACAAGGGAAUCAAUGAUAAUAUCAUCUACAGUAUUGAAGAUUCCACAGCUGAUGGCUUAUUCAAUAUCUCAGAGAAUGACGGCAUCAUAUCUAUCUCAUCGGCGAUUGACAGAGAAGUUAUUGGUGAUACAGUAACUCUGAUUGUGAAGGCCACUGAGUCUGAACUGAACGUCAACGGCCAACCUGCCACUACAACAACAACCGUCCAGGUCAACAUCGGUGACAUCAACGACAACCCGCCUCAGUUUUACAACUGUGAAGAGUCCUGUGUGACCGCAACUCAAUUCACAGGGGAGGUCUUUGAACACUCUUUGGGGGCGAUUUCUAUUGGCAUGACAGUCAAAGAUCCGGACAAAUCUGUGCAAACUGAGCUAAGGUUGGAAGGAGUGGACAAAGAUGUGUUUUCUGUAGAACCCUCACUUGCUGCAUCAGAUAGCAUUGUUCAGCUUCUUGUCAGGCAGCCUGCAAAUUUGGAUUUUGAAGAAAAGCAACAAAUGGUUCUUCAGGUGAUUGCAAUAGACAAGGACAAAACCACCUUUCAGUCCACUGCUACAGUUACAAUAAACAUAAAGGACACCAACGACAACAGCCCCACAUUCCCACAAGACACAUACAAGUUGAAAGUGGCGGAACACUCUCCUGUUGGGACAGAGGUGCUCUCAGUCACGGCAGAAGAUCCUGACACAAUGGAUGCAGGCAACAUCACCUACAGUCUUCUUCCAGUGAGCAUACUGGAGUACUUUGACGUUGACACUGGAACGGGAAGAGUCUACGUGAAAAAUAACAUUACGCUAGAUCGCGAGCUCAGAUCUCUUUAUUCAGCCACUUUGCAGGCCAGAGACUCGGAUGGCAAGCCUGGCACCACGGUGCUGGAGAUUACUUUGACGGACAUUAAUGACCAGCCACCAAUUAUCAACAGAGACUUGUAUAGAGAGUUUGUCAAAGAGGAUGGGCAGUUUGAAUUCAAGAUAGAGGCUACAGACGGAGAUGAACAUGGCACAGUAAACAGCCAAAUUGUAUUCAGUAUUGAAGAGAGCUUACACAGCGGCAGCUUCAGCAUUGAUACAAACACCGGUAUGUUAAAAAACAAUGCUGAACUGGAUCGGGAGGCGUUGGAUCCAAAAGACAAUGGCAGAGUAAACCUCACUGUAAUAGCCACUGAUAAGGGGAUACCUUCUCUAUCCGGCUCUGUCUCUGUUGUUAUCGUUGUGGAGGACGUCAAUGACAACAUCCCAGCAUUCAAAUCAGAGUCUUACAGUUUUUCUGUUAGAGAAGGAGAAAAAGGUGCAUCUGUGGGUUUUGUUCAUGCUCAGGAUCUGGAUCAAACAGCUGAAUAUAACCGCAUUUCUUUCAGCAUCAUAGAUGGAAGCUUUGGUAGCUUCAUUGUUCGAACCUCUGCAGAUGAAGAGGGUUACAUGGGAAACAUCAUGGUAGACCCAGACAUCGAGCUUGACUAUGAAACAGAUCGCAAGAAGUUCCUGUUGCGUGUGGAAGCUGCAGAUCUGGAGCAGGGGAAAGCUACAGUGACAGUGGAGGUGAACAUUUUGGAUGUGAAUGAUGAAAGACCUGAGUUCAAAUCAGACCCAGCUGUUUCUGUAAAAGAGAACACCACCAUAAGCGAGGCUGUUGGAAGAUUUGUAGCUGAGGACAAAGACACCAACCAUUCCCUGGUCUACGAGCUGGAAUCUGUCACAUGCAGAUGCAGUGGCAAACUGACACAAUGUGAGUGGUUUACCAUCGACCCAAGUGGGGAUGUUAGAGUCAAUCCAGCCCACAAUGUGGAUUAUGAAGAAUGUGACCAGGCAGUGAUAGCAGCUCAGGUGGUGGACUUGUACACUGAAAAGGGAGAGAACAACAGUGUUAUACCAGGACAAAUGGUAGUCAACAUUGUAGACAUAAAUGACAACGCUCCUCAAUUCAUUUACUCAGACUCUGUGUUUGUUGUGGUGUCAGAAGGUGCGGGCAAAGGAACAUCAGUUGCAGGAGUGACGGCUUCAGAUCAGGACUCUGGAGUAAACAGGCAAAUCAGUUUUAAAGUGUCAUCAGUUCAAUUCGAGAACAGUGUCACAAACACAACAAAACCAAUGGGGAUGUUGUUUGAGGCUGUCACUACACAACAACAGGACAUAUAUGUUGGGAUUAUUCAAACUACCGAAGGGCUUGAACUGACCCUGAAAGGCAAAUAUUUGGUGACCGUAAAUGCAAUGGAUUCGGGCGGCCUCUCCUCCUCCACUGUCCUGGAGAUUUUCACCAUUGAUGAAAGCUUCCAAACUCAACUUCAGUUUAGAAUUACAAAGGCUGAGGUUGAAAACUCGCUCAGUGAGAUCACCAGGGCAAUCACAGCAGCCACCAGCGCUGCAGUACAUAUUGUUAAAAUCAGUGAAGUGUCUUCUGCGAGAUCUGAGAAUGGCCCAAAGUCUGUCAUGUUGGCAUAUUUCAUCUAUCUAAACGGAACAGCUCUUACCUCUUCAGAAGUAGAAAAGAAGCUUUCCGAUGCUAAUCAUUUUCCUACACUUAAUGCAUUGGGCCUAAUGAAUAUUGGCAGUGCUCCUGUCACUGAAACAAAAACAGAUCCUGUGAAAUAUAUUCUCCUGGGAAUAAUGGGAGGCCUCAUCAUUGUGCUGAUUGUGCUCAUUACCUCGCUUUUGUGCACUCGCAGAAACUACAAAAGAAAGCUGAAAGCAGCCAAUGCCAUGAAAUCUACAACUAUGUCAGACAACCAGAAAGGUGGUGCUGUGGUGCCUGGAACCAACAAGUACACCAUGGAAGGUGCCAACCCGGUGCUAAACCUCAACAUUGACUCGGCUAUUGCUUUGGACUUGGAUUUAAAUGAGGAGAGCUCCGACACGGACAAAGUCAGCCUCAACUCCCUGGACCUAGGUGGAUCCCACUAUAACAUGAUCAUGAGUGAAAACAAUAAAAAUGAUCACAAGAGGGGGAUUCUGUGGGACAAAGAAGCUGAUGAGCCACCGGAGUACGAUGAGCCUCUGGGUGCAGCGCUGGCCCAGUUGGGUCAGAAUAAGAAAAACAGCAAUACCAACACUGACGUUGGCAUUAUCAACCCAAUGUUCGACACAACAGAUCUGUAACACAACCAUUUAAUGAUGUAACAGCAAUGGACAAAAUCAUACAAACCAAAUCAAACAUAGUUUCUGCCUUUAAACAGCUCUUUGUUCUGAACAUUGGAAUGUAAAAUAAAUGUAUUCAAUAAGUUUGACACAAAAUUCAUGACUUUAUUUAAACAUUUUUCUCAGGAAAAACUAAAUGAAUAUAUAUAUAUAUAUAUAAAUUAGGAUUGGAUUGAACUUGUGGAUUUCAGUUUGGCUUAAAAGUCAAAUCUUUUUUCAAGACAUUUCUAACAUUUGCUCUCAUCUUAGUUGCAGGAUCUACACACAAAUGACAAAUCAAUACGGCUCAUGGGUUGCUUAUUUGAUCAGUUUUUCAGUGUUUAAGAUGUAGGUAAAUUGCAGGUAAAAUGCAGGUAGAUUCCUGCUCAGGAAACAGGUCAAACAGCAGAGAAACACAACGAAUAAAUAAAUAAAUAGUAGUAAUAUGUCUAACCUGUGGCAUGUAACUAUAAAAGCAAAAUCUCUUAUCCAAAAAUGCAAAUUCUGAGAAGCAAUUUUUACAGCAAAGCGUCCAAAACAUUUUUUAGUUGUACAUAAAAUCACUCACUGAUGGGAUCCUUUCUUCAAAAUGCUGAUCUGAUGGAAAAGUUUAUUGUAGUGCUUGCUGACAACCUAAUGAAUGUAUUGCAUGUGCAAUCUGUGAAUAAAAGUGGUGUUCUCAUAUGUGGAUAUUAAUGAAUUAUAAUGUGAAAACACUAACACUGCACUGAUUUCUAAAUAAAACACUUAAAAUCAA